UGCUGGUUGCCGCUGGUUGGAGGGAAAGGAAGGUUCAGUUCAGGAAGGCCUGAUCGGUUGAGCGUCCCUUGGAGCGUCGUCCCCUCACUCGGUAGCGGAUCCGACCGGCAACGGGUCCCAGUUGCUCUGUGGCUGCCGUGGUGAGUGGACGUGUCGUCGGCUCGGUCUCGUGGCGGGGUCGUGUGUGCGUCGGGCUCGAUUAGCGGAUCCGUUCACGUUUUUUUCUUUCUUUUUUCGUUUAUGUGUUUCCUCUUUGUACGGAUUGGUGUAGAGGAUUGUUUUGUUUAGUGGGUGAUUUUCUUUUUGUUGUUCUUUUCAUCGCGCGAGGCUGAGGUUUUGAUUAUUUUGUGAGGAGCCGAGUGUUUGUUUAUUUUUUUUUUUCCUCCCUCUUUUCUCUUUUGAGGAUCAGCCGAUUUUUGCCUCCCGAGUGCUGUGUAUGGAAAUUGAGUGCAAUGAUCUGAAAGGAAAAUAAAGAAAAGAAAAUGUGAUUUGAUUUUUUUCUUCCAAGAUAUUUAAGCAUAUUGAUAAUCUGGUCAUUGUUUUUUAUUUUAAUUCUUUAGUUAAAACCAACCUCCCUACCAGAUAAUAAAUAAAACAGAAUUUCGCCGAACUGGGAAUACCAAACGCUGCAUCGACAAAAUGUCUUCCAAAUCAUGACAAUAGAAGGAAUUACCAGGAGAGAAAACCAAAAGACAAUACCCCUGAUAUAAGUAUAUACAUAAAUUGGGUCAACGAAACACCGGCGGCUUUCCCCAAGACUGAAUUAUGUGCAGAGGUCGCCUAAUACAACACAGUGUUAGAAGAUACUGACCGUUUUAACACUGACUUUGAGGGAGGACGGCAUCGUGCACACCACCACGCCGUUGCAACAUGCCAGGUAGCGGCGGACAGCGGGGUCGCCGGGAGGAACCAAGGACAAUGAUCUUACUCGUGUUAUCGGCGCAUACGCUACUCCUCCUCGGUGUAGCGAGCGGAGACCCCGUGCUCCUCACACCCACCGAAAGUACUGAAGCAGCAACCAGUCAGGACAUAGCUACUUACUUCCCAUCGACUGCGACCGACGGAGCCUCGGAGACAGCGAGAACGGGAGAAACCAUACCGCGUCGGAUUCACAGCCUGGGUUAUUCCCUCCUGGUCUGGAAAUCCUUGAUCAGAGGAAGGAAACGAAAUCACCUUUCGUCUUGAGAGAUCCGACGUACCUCGUGGUGGCCCCUCGCCUCGUCCGCGCCGGCCAGGUGUAUCGGCUCGUGGUCAACAUUCUGGAACCGUCGCCUUCCCUCGUUGUCAGAGCCACCAUUUUCCGUGACAACAUCGAGCUGGCGGCCGUCGAGCAUGAGUGCGAGAGCGACGCCCCUCAGGUCUUGGAGCUUAUGGUCCCCCCAGGAAGCUCCGGAGGCAAGUACAGACUGCGCCUCGAAGGGAACGAGCUUGGAGGACUCACAGGCUCGGCCUUCACCAACGAGACCGUCCUUUCCUUCAGCCCCAAGGGAGCGACGGUGCUCGUGCAGACGGACAAGCCGGUGUACAAACAGGGCGAUGUCGUGAGGUUCCGCGUGGUGGCGCUCGACACGGCCGUCAAGAUGGUCGAAGACUCCGUCGAUGUCUUCAUCCUGAACCCGCCAUAA